AUGACAACAAGAUAUACGGCAGCAGAAAAGGGUAAAGCCCUUGCUAGUAACCCUCCAUCUCUAGGACCACCACGACUCCGCAUGCGAGCUCCCGACUUUGAUCCUACAGACCUAAUCAAGGAGAACUCUCUGACCUUGGUGGGACGAUUGACAAAUACAAGGGAACAAAGGAUGAGUGCUGUUCUACCUUACCUUGCGAGAAAAUGGAACUUGGACGUUUCUUCAGGCUCAGACCUAGGCAACGGCUGCUUCCAGUUCCGUUUCAACAGAGAGGAAGACUUAAGAGACACCCUCCACAACAGACCCUAUCAAUAUGGCAGGUGGAUGAUUAUAAUCCAAAGAUGGGAACCGGUUAUCUCGCAAACGUUUCCUUCCCAGAUCCCUUUCUGGAUCUCGCUUAGAGGCAUUCCUCUUCACUACUGGCACGAAAAGGUGGUGCGCAACAUAGGGCUCGAACUAGGAGAACUGGAGACGUACGAAGUAACCAAAACCUUAGCUCGGGUUCGAGUGAUAGUAGAUGGCCUCAAACCACUGAUAAUGGAGGCAGCUAUGGAUUACGAUUCAGGAGAGGAAAGCAUUAUCUCAUUGGAAUAUGAAAACUUAGGUAACCAUUGUUCUCACUGCUACCGUCUCUCCCAUCUACAUUCCCAAUGCCCAGAGAGAACCACUACUGCUCCCCUCCGAACAGAGGACUUUGUCUCAGAGCAACUAAAGGACCAAAGAUCCUCCACACCCCCUCAGCCAAAAGCCAGAGAAACAAGAGAACCAGUUGAGCGUCACAACAAGCCGUUCCAACAACGCUUGGACCGACACGGGCGAGCCUUUGGUAAUAGAAUCUCCUCUACUACUUUGCACCCCCCGGGACCGCGCAACAAGCUAGCACCAAGUUCAUUCUACCAGAAUAAUCCCCGCACUACACAAAGGCAGAAGGAUAACAACCCCUAUAACUACUCCUCCCCUCCAUACACGAGGCGUCGACAUAACAACCAGGAGGAUAGACAUGGAGAUGGAAGUAGCGGAGAAACCAAGCGCAGAUCCCCUGUUCUCCAGUGGAAAGCUAAAUCACUAUUACUUGAACAUGAAGUUACCCCCCCAAGUGCCCCUUUUCAGCCUCCAAGACAAUCAGUUGGGCGCAACUUGGAAGCUGUAGAUUUCCCACCUAGUCAUGAGCAACCUACAAGAGAAGAGGUGAUGGAAGAGAUUAGAGAGGCUACACUGCAAUACAUAAACUGCCCUGACCCUAUGGAAAGUGCAGCAAGAAAGCAACGGGUUCUGCAGAGUGAGAUGAAUGGAGAGGUAGAAGAAGCAGCUACAAGAAUCCUUCAAGCUUCAACAUCUUCAGGAAUGGCUCGAUCUGAGACAUUACUAAUAGCAGAUGCCUCAAUUGCAGUAGCUCAGGUAGACACAGCAGCUGAUAACUCAGCCAGGCCAGUAAGGAAACGUGGGCGCCCCCCUAAGCCUAGUGAAAGGAGAACUACUGUAAGGGUAAGCCCAAAAACCUACUCCGGCAUGGGCUCAAAGAAGAGAAACUUAGCUCGACUUCAAGGUUCACCGGGGGUAACCUCACGAGCUGGAACUGCACGUGCUGGAACAAGACGGACUACUCAACAAGCCGUAUCAGCCGCAUCAGCCACUACACCACCAAUAGUGUUGAUACCGGCAAGUUCGGGGAAAAAGACGGAUUUUCCUCGGCUAACUCCCGAUCUUCCUUAG